AUGGAGCCCACUGAAGAACCUUGUCAGAUUCGCAAAGAUAAGUUUUUAGAAGUUCCUAAUCUGUCAGAUUCUGUGUGUGAAGAUGAAGAAGUUAAAGCGACCUUCAAGCCUAGCUACUCCCCUCAGCCAAGCAGACGAGGGUCGGGAUCUUCUGAAGACACAUACCUGGACACCCCAACUUCAGCGUCCAGGAGGGUUUCCUUUGCAGACAGUCUUGGACUCAGUCUUGUGUCCGUUAAAGAAUUUGAUUGCUGGGAUUUACCAAGUUCAACCGAUUUUGACUUAAGUAGGAACAUCUUCCACACAGAAGAAUAUGUUUUGUCUCCACUGUUUGAACUGCCCUCAUCUAAAGAAGAGCUUAUGGAACAGCUUCAAGUCCAGAAAGCAGUGCUGGAGUCAAUUGAACACCUUCCCGGGUCGACAAGUGUGAAGGGCAUUAUUCGAGUUCUGAACAUUUCUUUUCAGAAGUUAGUAUAUGUGCGCAUGUCCUUGGAUGACUGGCAGUCGCAUUAUGACAUUUUAGCGGAAUAUGUUCCUAAUUCAUGUGAUGGUGAAACUGACCAGUUUUCUUUUAAGAUUUCAUUGGUUCCUCCGUAUCAAAAAGAUGGCAGUAAAGUUGAGUUUUGCAUACGCUAUGAAACUUCUGUCGGUACCUUUUGGUCAAAUAAUAAUGGCACCAAUUAUGUACUGGUUUGUCAAAAGAAAAGGAAAGAGCCGGAGCCCAUAAAACCAUUGGAAGAAGCUUCGAGUAGACAAAUAAAAGGCUGCUUAAAGGUAAAAUCAAGUAAAGAAGAAUCAUUGCUAACAUCUGAAGAAAAUAAGCUUGAGAAUUUGAAGUUCACAGAUGCCUACAUCCCAACAAUCAUUUGUUCUCUUGAGGACAAGGAUGACUUGGGAGCCAGUCAUCAAAAUGUAGAAGGUAUCAACACGGAGCGUGAUGAACGUAAUGAAAAAGAAAUAGACUUGAUGAUAAGCCAACGGCUGAUAUCUUCCCGGGAUGAAAAGAAGACAUUUUCAACAGAUCCAGUCAAUUUCACAUAUAAAGCUGAGGGAUCGGAGGAGAAGCAAGGUUACCAUGGAAUUCCUACUGACUUGUUCAGAAGGCCUUUGUCUCCAAGUUUACCAGAAGAAAUCCCCUUAAAGAAAGAUUUCUAUCGCAGCAAAAACUAUUCCCCAGGAAAUGAAUAUGGUCAUACACCUUCAGAGGAGAUUUCUUCACAUGUGGGAGAAAUUGGGCCAGCAGUGGGAGAUGCUAGCUCUGAUGAAUUAACUCAACUGAACCUCUGCAGCAAGGAAGUCCUCGAUGACAAUGCCAACCCAGCCCAUGGGUCUGACAAAAUGCAAACAGUAUACUCCUCCUAUGACCAGCUAAUGGCAGGCAGUCUUCAAAAGAGUGAAGCAGGAGUCAAGAAAACUGGAAUAAAAGAUUACAAAUAUUCAAGAAGUGAUUUCUAUUUGGAGGCAUCCACAAAUCUGGAAGAAUCAAAUGCAUCUUCAAAAGAUGAUUUCACCAAGGACAAUGUUGCAGAGGAGCAGAACACAUGCUUAGGUGUUAAUGAAAAUCAAAGCACGAAUUUUCAAUCAAUAUUCCAGAACCAAGAUAGACAAAUGGGGCAUCCCAAAAUACGCAUUGAAGGGACUAAAGAGAAUAACAAAGAAUUAACCACUCUACUAAGCAAAGACACUACAACUACUCCCUGGACAGUGACGGUAGAUCCCUAUCGUUCAACAAAGAGAAAAGUUAAUUGGAGAGAAGCUGGCAAUGGUACCAAUUUGGAACCAAGAGCUUCUCAUCUUGGUUCACCAAGAAAUGGCAAUGUUCUGACGGAUGAUUAUCUUUUUCAAGGUGAGAGGGGAAAAUCAGAUGCUAGUAGUCAGGAAGAUCAGCAUAUGAAUACACAGCAUGAAAAAAAUUGGAAUGUUCUGGAAAGUCAGCCAGAAACAAGAGGGAUUGAAACAAAUAUAACCAAGCAGAUAAAAGAACAAGCAGAGUGUAAAGACGUGUGGGAAAAAAGAGACGACAUGAGAGGUCUGAAAGCUCCCCCUGCAGAACAAUUGUUUACCUGCCAAGAGACAGAGGGCUAUGAACUGUCUUCUCCAGCUCAUCAUGGUAUUACUGAGAAAGCAGAAGCACUUACAGCUUAUAUAAUUAAGACAACGUUAGAAAGUACUCCAGAAAGCAUGUCUGCUAGAGGAAAGGCAAUAAUUGCUAAGCUACCUCAAGAGACAGUACGAAGUGACAGGCCCAUCGAGGUAAAAGAAACAGCGUUUGAUCCACAUGAAGGCAGAGGGGAUGAUUCGCAUUAUACCCUUUGUCAUGGAGAUACAGCGGGUGUAAUCCAUGUCAAUGAUUUUGAAAAGGAAUCCCAUUCAGCUAUUUGUAAUGUAUAUGUAGAUGAAAUGGAGAAGGAGGCAACCACAUCGCCACGCAAUCCUAGGAAGACACUUGACAAGGAACAACGUGGAACUGGAGUUGUAACAUCUACAGACGAACCUUCACAGGUCAUUACAGGCAAUCAAAAAGGUACGUCAAACCUGGAUUUACAUUUGGGAGUGUUACCAACAGACAAAGCAAUAUUCCCAGAAAAGAAAGGUCUUGGGCUGCUUCAAGAAUCAUCACGGAGAACAGAGUUCGAUGCUGUUCAUUCUGCGUUUAUUUCAGGCACUGUCAGCCCUUCUCAGAGCAGCCCUCAACUUUACAAAUGUCAGUCAAAAACUUCAGAACCCUCUUCCGGAUGGCCAGUUACUGAAGAGAAAGCAGUUACCAGCACAAUACUCCAGGCCUUUCCUACCAAAUCAGAAUAUACUUGCCAUCCAGAAAGUGAGAUCCUGGGCCAUGCCAUGUCUAAAUUUGAUGAUGUUUCCAAUAGUUUGGAAAUAAUGGAAUCAGGUAGAGGAAGAGAAAGACAUGUGGGUCGGAUUGUCCAACAAAAAGAAGGUAAAAGCUUGGAAAAAUCCCAAGGUCCAAUGAUUUUAAUCAGUGAACCUCUUGAGAAUCUGGAGGAGGCAAGGUCUGACAUUAAAGAAGUAAGGUGUUUUGAAAAGUCACAAAGCCAUUCAGACGACAAAGGGUCAGAGAGCCCUGCUUCUGCUACUCUUUCUGACCAGAAUGUCCAAGCUCAGGUUACAGAGUCUCUGCUCUCCGCAUACAUCAACUCUAAAAUACCUUAUUUCCUUUUGUUUCUGAUAUUUCUAGUGACUAUCUACUACUAUGACUUAAUGAUUGGCUUGGCGUUCUACAUUUUUUCCUUGUACUGGUUAUACUGGGAAGGGGGAAGGCAAAGAGAGUCAGUCAAAAAGAAGUGA